GCGGGCGGGCGGGAGGACUCGGCGGGAGCCCCUAGAGCCGGGCGCCCGGGGACGUAACCUGUAGGGCCACCGGGUCCCCGUCAGGGGCGGCGGCGGGAGCAGCGGGGACCGCAGGCCGGGGCGGAGCGAGCGCGGGCCGGCGGGCUGCGGCCCGGUGUGUGCGGCGCGUGGCGGGCGCAGCUUACCAGGCGAAGGUGAGCGCGGCGCCGGCUCCUCCUGCGGCGGACUUUGGGUGCAACUUGACUAGCAGUGGUUUGACAAGUGGCCUUGGGGGCCGAAUCGUCCCAGUGGAAGAGUUGUAAAUUUGCUUCCGCAAACCUUUCGGUACCUGGCCUUCCUCUGCGGAUUUUACUCAACUUCUUGUUUAGAAAAUGGGGCCCACGAGACGCCUGGUUACUAUCAAAAGGAGCGGGGUCGACGGUCCCCACUUUCCCCUGAGCCUCAGUACCUGCUUGUUUGGAAGGGGUAUUGAAUGUGACAUCCGUAUCCAGCUUCCUGUUGUGUCAAAACAGCAUUGCAAAAUUGAAAUCAUUGAGCAGGAGGCAAUAUUACAUAAUUUCAGUUCCACAAAUCCAACACAAGUAAAUGGGUCUGUUAUUGAUGAGCCUGUACAGCUAAAACAUGGAGAUGUAAUAACUAUUAUUGAUCGAUCUUUCAGGUAUGAAAAUGAAAGUUUUCAGAAUGGAAGGAAGUCAACUGAAUUUCCAAGAAAAGAGCCAGCACGUCGUGUCUCAAGAUCUAGCUUCUCUCCUGACCCUGAUGAGAAAGCUCAAGAUUCCAAGGCCUAUUCAAAAAUCAUUGAAGGAAAAGUUUCAGGAAGUCCUCAGGUACAUAACAAGAAUGUCAAAGAAGACAGUACCGCCGAUGACUCAAAAGACAGUGGUGUUGCUCAGGGAACACCUAAUGUUCGUUCCUCAGAACAUGCUGGAUAUAAUGUCAGAAAUGCAGCUGAUCCCAUUUCCGCGGAUUUUAAAGAAAUUUCCAGGGUAAAAUUAGUGAGCCAUUAUGGCGAAUUGAAGUCUAUUCCCACUACACAAUGUCUUGACAGUAGCAAAAAAAAUGAAUCUCCCUUUAGGAAGCUUUAUGAGUCGAUGAAGAAAGAGUUGGAUGUAAAAUCACAAAAAGAAAAUUUUCUACAGUGUAGAAAAUCUGGAUUACAAACUGAUUACACAACAGAAAAAGAAAGUGCUGAUGGUUUACAGGGGGAGACCCAACUGUUGGUCUCAUGUAAGUCAAGACUGAAAUCUGGUGGAAGCGGCCACGCUAUGGCAGAGCCUGCUUCACCUGAACAAGAGCUUGACCAGAACAAGGGGAAGAGAAGAGACGUGGAGUCUGUUCAGACUCCCAGCAAGGCUGUGGGCACCAGCUUUCCUCUCUAUGAACCAGCUAAAAUGAAGACCCCUGUACAAUAUUCACAGCAACAAAAUUCUCCACAAAAACAUAAGAACAAAGACCUAUAUACUGCUGGGAGAAGAGAAUCUGUGCAUCUGGGUAAAAGUGAAGGCUUCAAGGCUGGUGAUAAAACUCUUACUCCCAGGAAGCUUUCAACUAGAAAUCAAACACCAGCUAAAGUUGAAGACACAGCUGACUCUGCCGCUAAGCCAGAAAAUCUCUCUUCCAAAACCAGAGAAAGUAUUCCUACAGAUGUGGAAGUUCCGCCUACAGAAACUAAAAUUCACAAUGAGCCAUUUUUAACUCUGUGGCUCACUCAAGUUGAAAGGAAGAUCCAAAAGGAUUCCCUCAACAAGCCUGAGAAAUUGGACACUACCGCUGGACAGAUGUGCUCUGGGUUACCCGGUCUUAGUUCAGUUGAUAUCAGCAACUUUGGUGAUGCCAUUAAUGAGAGUGAGGGAAUACCUUUGAAAAGAAGGCGUGUGUCCUUUGGUGGGCACCUAAGACCUGAAUUGUUUGAUGAAAACUUGCCUCCUAAUACGCCUCUCAAGAGGGGAGAAACCCCAACCAAAAGAAAGUCUCUGGUAACGCACACUCCACCUGUCCUGAAGAAAAUCAUCAAGGAACAGCCUCAACCAUCAGGAAAACAAGAGUCAACUUCAGAAAUCCAUGUGGAAGUGAAGGCACAAAGCUUGGUUAGAAGCCCUCCAGCUCCUAGUCCUAGGAAAACUCCAGUUGCCAAUGAUCAACGCCGUAGGUCCUGCAAAGCAGCCCCUGCUUCCAGCAGCAAAUCUCAGACAGAGGUUCCUAAGAGAGGAGGGAGAAAGAGCGGCAACCUGCCUUCAAAGAGAGCAUCUAUCAGCCGAAGUCAACAUGAUAUUUUACAGAUGAUAUGUUCCAAAAGAAGAAGUGGUGCUUCGGAAGCCAAUCUGAUUGUUGCAAAAUCAUGGGCAGAUGUAGUAAAACUUGGUGCAAAACAAACACAAACUAAACUCAUAAAACAUGGUCCUCAAAGGUCAAUGAACAAAAGGCAAAGAAGACCUGCUACUCCGAAGAAGCCUGUGGGCGAAGUUCACAGUCAAUUUAGUACAGGCCAUGCAAACUCUCCUUGUACCAUAAUAAUAGGGAAGGCUCAUACUGAAAAAGUACAUGUGCCUGCUCGACCCUACAGAAUGCUCAACAACUUCGUUUCCAACCAAAAAAUGGACUUUAAGGAAGAUCUUUCAGGAAUAGCUGAAAUGUUCAAGACCCCAGUGAAGGAGCAACCACAGUUGACAAGCACGUGUCAUGUCGCCAUUUCAAAUUCAGAGAAUUUGCUUGGAAAACAAGUUCAAGCAACUAAUUCAGGAGAAGAACCUCUGCUGCCCACCUCAGAGAGUUUUGGAGGAAAUGCGUUCCUCAGUGCACAGAAUUCAGCAAAACAGCCAUCUGAUAAAUGCUCUGCAAGCCCUCCCUUAAGACGGCAGUCUAUUAGAGAAAAUGGAAACAUAGCAAAAACUCCCAGGAAUACCUACAAAAUGACUUCCAUGGAGACAAAAACUUCAGAUACUGAGACAGAGCCUUCAAAAACAGUAUCCAUCGUAAACAAGUUAAGAAGGUCUAUGGAGUUCAGAAAUAUACAGAAGCUACCUAUAGAAAGUAAGAGCAAAGAAACAAAUACAGACAUUGUUGAGCGCAUCCUUAAAAGAUGUCAGAAGGCAACACUACUACAACAAAGGAGAGAAGGAGAGAUGAAGGAAAUAGAAAGACCUUUUGAGACAUAUAAGGAAAAUAUUGAAUUAAAAGAAAAUGAUGAAAAGACGAAAGCAGUGAAGAGAUCAAGAAGAACUUGGGGUCCCAAAUGUGAAGCAACGUCUGAUCUGACAGACCUCAAAAGCUUGCCUGAUACAGAACACACGAAAGACACGGCAUGUGGCCAGGAUCUCCUCCAAACCCAAGAUCAUGCCAAGGCACCAAAGAGUGAGAAGGGCAAAAUCACUAAAAUGCCCUGCCAGUCAUUACAACCAGAACCAAUAAACACCCCAACACACAUAAAACAACGGCUGAAGGCUUCCCUGGGGAAAGUGGGUGUGAAAGAAGAGCUCUUAGCAGUCGGCAAGCUCACACGGACGUCAGGGGAAACCACGCACACACACAGAGAGCCAGCAGAAGAUGGCAAGAACAUCAGAAUGUUUAAGGAGUCUCCAAAGCAGAUCCUGGACCCAGCAGCCUGUGUAACUGGAAUGAAGAAGUGGCCAAGAACGCCUAAGGAAGAGGUGCGAUCACUAGAAGACCUGGCCGGCUUCAAAGAGCUCUUCCAGACACCAGGUCCCACUGAGCAAUCAAUGACUGAAGAGAAAACUACCAAAAUAGCCUGCAAAUCUCCACCACCAGAAUCAGUGGACACUCCAACAAGCACAAGGCAACGGCCUAAGAGAAGUCUCAGGAAAGCAGAUGUAGAGGAAGAAUUCUUAGCACUCAGGAAACUAACACCAUCAGCAGGGAAAACCAUGCACACACCCAAACCAACAGGAGGUGAUGAGAAAGAUAUUAAAGCUUUUAUGGGAACUCCAGUGCAGAAACUGGACCUGCCAGGAACUUUACCUGGCAGCAAGAGACAGCUGCAAACUCCCAAGGGAAAGUCCCAGGCUCUAGAAGACCUGGCUGGCUUUAAAGAGCUAUUCCAGACUCCUGUUCUUACUGAGGAAUUAGUGGCUGCCCGCAAAACCACUAAAAUAUCCUGCAAAUCUCCACAGCCAGAUCCACUGGACACCCCAACAAGCACCAAGAAACGGCCCAAGAGAAGUCUCAGGAAAGCAGAUGUAGAGGGAGAAUUCUUAGCAUUCAGGAAACUGACACUGGCAGCAGGCAAAGCCAUGCACAUACCUAAACCAGCAGUAGGUGAAGAGAAAGGCAUCAACACAUUUGUGGGAACUCCAGUGCAGAAACUGGACCUGACAGAGAACUUAACUGGCAACAAGAGAUGGCCACAAACUCCUAAGGAAAAGGCCCAGGCUCUGGAAGACCUGGCUGGCUUUAAAGAGCUCUUCCAGACACCUGUUCAUACUGAGGAAGCAGUGGCUGCUGGCAAAACUACUAAAAUGCCCUGCAAAUCUUCUCCACCAGAAUUAGCAGACACCCCAACAAGCACACGAAGGCAGCCCAAGACACCUUUGGGGAAAAAGGAUGUACAGAAAGAGCUCUCAGCCCUGAAGAAGCUCACACAGACCACACACACAGACAAAGUACCAGGAGGUGAGGAUAAAAGCAUCAAAGCAUUUAAGGAAACUGCAAAACAUAGAUUGGACCCAGCAGCAAGUGUAACUGGUAGUAAGAAGCAGCUGAGAACUCCUAAGGGAAAAGCCCAACCCCUAGAAGACCUGGCUGGCUUGAAAGAGCUCUUCCAGACACCAAUAUGCACUGACAAGCCCACGACUCAUGAGAAAACUACCAAAAUAGCCUGCAGAUCUCCGCAACCAGACCCAGUGGACACACCAACAAGCUGCAAGCCACAAUCCAAGAGAAGUCUCAGGAAAAUGGACGUAGAAGAAGAAUUCUUAGCACUCAAGAAACGAACGCCAUCAGGAGGCAAAGCCAUGCACGCACCCAAAUCAGCAGUAAGUGAUGAGAAAAACGUCAACGCAUUUGUGGGAACUCCAGUGCAGAAACUGGGCCUCCCAGAGAACUUAACUGGCAGCAAGAGACGGCUACAAACUCCCAAGGAAAAGGCCCAGGCUCUAGGGGACCUCUCUGGCUUUAAAGAGCUCUUCCAGACACCAGGUCACACUGAGGAAUCAAUGACUAAUGAUAAAACUGCCAAAGUAGCCUGCAAAUCUUCACAACCAGACCCAGACAAAACCCCAGCAAGCUCCAAGGGACGGCUGAAGACAUCCCUGGGGAAAGUGGGCGUGAAAGAAGAGCUCCGAGCAGUUGGCGAGCUCACACAGACGUUAGAGGAGACUACACACACACACACAGAGCCAACAGGAGAUGGUAAGAGCAUCAAAGCAUUUAUGGAGUCUCCAAAGCAGAUCUUAGAUUCAGCAGCAAGUCUAACUGGCAGCAAGAGGCAGCCGAGAACUCCUAAGGGAAAGUCUGAAGUCCCUGAAGACCUGGCCGGCUUCAAAGAGCUCUUCCAGACACCUGGUCACACUAAGGAAUCAAUGACUAACGAAAAAACUACCAAAAUAUCCUACAGAUCUUCACAACCAGACCCGGUGGACACCCCAACAAGCUCCAAGCCACAGCCCAAGAGAAGUCUCAGGAAAGCAGAUAUUGAAGAAGAAUUUUUAGCAUUUAGGAAACAAACACCGUCAGCAGACAGAGCCAGGCACACACCCAAACCAGCAGGAGGUGAAGAGAAAGACAUCAACAAAUUUGUGGGAACUCCAGUGCAGAAACUGGACCCGCCAGAAAAUUUACCUGGCAGCAAGAGACAGCUACAAACUCCUAAGGAAAAGGCCCAGGCUCUAGAAGACCUGACUGGCUUCAGAGAGCUUUUCCAGACACCAUGCACUGAUAACCCCACCACUGAUGAGAAAACUACCAAAAUACUCUGCAAAUCUCCACAACCGGACCCAGUGGACACCCCAACAAGCAGAAAACUACGGCCCAAGAGAAGCCUCAAGAAAGCAGACGUAGAGGAAGAAUUUUUAGCAUUCAGGGAACUAACGCCAUCAGCAGGCAAAGCCAUGCACACGCCUAAACCAGCAGUAGGUGAAGAGAAAGUCAUCAACACAUUUGUGGGGGCUCCAGUGCAGAAACCGGACCUGCCAGGAAAUUUACCUGGCAGCAAGAGAUGGCCACAAGCUACUAAAGAAAAGGCCAAGGCUCUAGAAGACCUGGCUGGCUUCAAAGAGCUCUUCCAGACACCAAGUCACACUGAGAAAUCAAUGACUGACGACAAAAUCACAGAAGUAUACUGCAAAUCUCCAAAACCAGACCCAGUCAAAACCCCAACAAGCUCCAAGCGACGACUCAAGACAUCCUUGGGGAAAGUAGGCGUGAAAGAAGAGGUCCUUCCAGUUGGCAAACUCACACAGAUGUCAGGGAAGACCACGCAGACACACAGAGAGACAGCAGGAGAUGGAAAGAGCGUCAAAAUGUUUAAGGAAUCUGCAAAGCAGAUGCUGGACCCAGCGAACUAUGGAACUGGGAUGAAGGGGUGGCCAAGAACACCUAAGGAAGAGGCCCAAUCACUAGAAGACCUGGCUGGCUUCAAAGAGCUCUUCCAGACACCAGGUCACACUGAGGAAUCAACGACUGAUGACAAAACUACCAAAAUAGCCUGCAAAUCUCCACCACCAGAAUCAGUGGACACCCCAACAAGCACAAGAAGGCGGCCCAAAACACCUUUGGGGAAAAGGGAUGUAGAGAAAGAGCUCUCAGCCCUGAAGAAGCUCACACAGACCACACACACAGACAAAGUAGCAGAAGGUGAGGAUAAAAGCAUCAAAGCAUUUAAGGAAACUGCAAAACAGAGACUGGACCCAGCAGCAAGUGUAACUGGUAGCAAGAGGCAGCCGAGAACUCCUAAGGGAAAAGCCCAACCCCUAGAAGACCUGGCCGGCUUGAAAGAGCUCUUCCAGACACCAAUAUGCACUGACAAGCCCACGACUCAUGAGAAAACUACCAAAAUAGCCUGCAGAUCUCCGCAACCAGACCCAGUGGACACCCCAACAAUCUUUAAGCCACAGUCCAAGAGGAGUCUCAGGAAAGCAAACGUAGAGAAAGAAUUCUUAGCACUCAGGAAGCUAACACCGUCAGUAGGGAAAGCCAUGCACACGCCCAAACCAUCAGGAGGCGAUGAGAAAGACAUGAAAGCAUUUCUGGGAACUCCAGUGCAGAAAUUGGACCUGCCAGGAAAUUUACCUCGCAGCAAGAGACGGCCACAAACUCCUAAGGAAAAGGCCCAGCCUCUGGAAGAUCUGACUGGCUUCAAAGAGCUCUUCCAGACGUCAGGCACUGACAUGCCCACGACUGAUGAGGAAACUACCAAAAUGCCCUGCAAAUCUCCACAACCAGACCCAGCAGACACCCCAGCAAGCACAAAGCAACAGCCCAAGAGAAGUCUCAGGAAAGCAGACGUAGAGGAAGAAUUUUUAGCACUCAGGAAACUAAUGCCGUCAGCAGGCAAAGCCAUGGACACACCCAAACCAGCAGUAAGUGAUGAGAAAAAUAACACAUUUAUGGAAAUUCGAGUGCAGAAUCUGGACCUGCCAGGAAAUUUACCUGGCAGCAAGAGACGGCCACAAACUCCUAAGGAAAAGGCCGAGGCUCUAGAGGACCUCGCUGGCUUCAAAGAGCUCUUCCAAACACCAGGUCACACUGAGGAAUUAAUGACUGAUGACAAAAUGACAGAAGUAUCAUGCAAAUCUCCACAGCCAGAGUCAUUCAAAACCUCAAGAAGCUCCAAGCAAAGGCUCAAGAUAUCCCUGGUGAAAGUGGACAUGAAAGAAGAGCCCCUAGCAGUCAACAAGCUCACACGGACGUCAGGGAAGACUACGCAAACACACACACAGCCAACAGGAGAUAGUAAGAGCAUCAAAGCAUUUAAGGAGUCUCCAAAGCAGAUCCUGGACCCAGCAGCAAACGUAACUGGUAGCAAGAGGCAGCUGAAAACUCGUAAGGAAAAGGCCAAUGCUCUAGAAGACCUGACUGACUUCAAAGAGCUCUUCCCAGCACCAGGUCACACUGAAGAGUCAAUGACUGUUGACAAAAACACAACAAUUCCCUGUAAAUCCCCCCCAGCAGAACCAGCAGACACUGCCACGAGCACAAAGAGAUACCCCAAGACACGUCUCAGGAAAGAAGUGAAAGAAGAGCUCUCAGCACUUGAGAGGCUCACACAAACAUCAGGGCAAAGCACACACACACACAAAGACUUAGCAAGUGGUGAUGAAGGCAUCAAAGUAUUUAAGCAACAUGCAAAGAAGAAACCGAACCCAGUAGAAGAGGAACCCAGCAGGAGAAGGCCAAGAGCACCUAAGGAAAAGGCCCAACCCCUAGAAGACCUGGCCGGCUUCAAGGAGCUCUCUGAAACAUCAGGUCACACUCAGGAACCACUGACUGCUGGCAAAGCCACUAAAAUACCCUGUAAAUCUCCCCCAGUAGAAGUAGUAGACACCACAGCAAGCACAAAGAGGCAUCUCAGGACACGUGUGCAGAAGGUACAAGUAAAAGAAGAGCCUUCAGCAGUCAGGUUCACACAAACAUCAGGGGAAACCACGGAUGCAGACAAAGAACCGGUAGGUGAAGAUAAAGGCAUCAAAGCAUUGAAGGAAUCUGCAAAACAGACACUGGCUCCAGCAGCAAGUGUAACUGGCAGCAGGAGACGGCCAAGAGCACCCAGGGGAAAUGCCCAAGCCCUAGACCUGGCUGAUUUCAAAGACCCAGCACCAGGUCACACUGAAGAAUCAAUGACUGAUGACAAAACCGCUAAAAUACCCUGCAAAUCAUCACCAGAACUAGUAGACACCUCAACAAGUUCAAAGAGACGGCCCAGGACACGUGCCCAGAAAGUAGCAGUGAAGGAGGAGCUGUUAGCAGUCGGCAGUCUCACACAAACAUCAGGGGAGACCGCACACACCGACAAAGAGCCGGUAGGUGAGGACAAAGGCUUGAAAGCAUUUAAGCAACCUGUAAAGCAGAAGCUGGACGCAGAAGAUGUAAUUGGCAGCAGGAGACGGCCAAGAGCACCUAAGGAAAAAGCCCAACCCCUAGAAGAUCUGGCCAGCUUCCAAGAGCUGUCUCAAACACCAGGCCACACUGAGGAACUGGCAAAUGGUGCUGCUGAUAGCUUUACAAGCGCUCCAAAGAAAACACCUGACAGUGGAAAACCUCUAAAAACAUCCAGAAGAGUUCUUCGGGCCCCUAAAGUAGAACCCGUGGGAGACCUGGUAAGUACCACAGACCCUGUAAAAUCACAAAGCAAAAGCAACACUUCCCUGCCCCCACUGCCCUUCGAGAGGGGAGGUGGCAAAGACCGAAGCGCCACAGGAACCAAGAGGCUGCGCUGCAUGCCUGCGCCGGAGGAAAUCGCGGAGGAGCUGCCGGCCAGCAAGAAGCAGAGGGUUGCUCCCAGGGCGAGAGGCAAAUCACCAGAACCCAUGGUCAUCAUGAAGAGAAGUUUGAGGACUUCUGCAAAAAGAAUUGAACCUGUGGAAGAGCUGAACAGCAACAACAUGAAAACCAACAAAGAGGAACACAAAUUACAAGACUCGGUCCCUGAAAAUAAGGGAAUAUCCCUGCGCUCCAGACGCCAAAAUAAGACUGAUGUAGAACAGCAAAUAACUGAGGUCCUGGUGUUAGCAGAAAGAAUAGAAAUAAACAGAAACGAAAUGAAGCCCAUGAAGAGCUCCCGAGAGAUGGGCAUUCAGAAUCCAGAUGAUGGAGCUCGGAAAGCCGUACCUAGAGGCAAAGUCAGUGAAAACAAAAGGUGCUUGAGGUCUGUGAGACAGAAUAAGAGCUCCCAGCCUAAGGUGGCAGAGGAGAGCAGAGGGCAGAAGAGCGCAGGGGUUCUCAUGCAGAAUCAGGAAGGGAAAGGAGAAGCAGGAAAUUCAGACUCCAUGUGUUUGAGAUCAAGAAAGACGAAAAGCCAGUCUGCAGCAAGCACUUUGGAGAACGAAUCUGCACAGAGAGUAACGCGGAGUUUCAAGAGGUGUGCAGAAAAUCCAAAGAAGGCUGAGGACAUUGUGUGCGUCAAGAAAAUAAGAACCAGAAGUCACCGGGACAGUGAAGAUGUUUAACAAAAAAAAUCGAACUGGGAAAAAUAUAAUAAAGUUAGUUUUGUGAUAAGUUCUAGUACAGUUUUUGUCAUAAAUUCCAAGUGAAUUCUGUAAGUAAGACUGUCAAUCUGCUUAAGGGAAGAAAACUUUGGAUUUGCUGGGUCUGAAUCGGCCUCGUAAACUCCACUGGGAGCACUGCUGGGCUCCUGGACUGAGAACAGUUGAGCACUGGGGGCUUUGGGAAGGAGUUUGGACCAUGCUUUGCUCUCAGCUUUGCGGAAUGAAGCCUUGAGGUCUAUCAUCACCCACAGCCACCCUACAGCAGCCUUAACUGUGACCCUUGCCACACUGUGUCAUUGUUUAAAUGUUUGCCUGUGUCCUCCAGGGCAUGAUGGCAGGAACAUCUAUGCUUGUCUGUCCCAGCACUGAGCAGGCACUUGGUAAACAUGAAUGAGAGGGUGAGUGCACCGAUGAAUGGAGCUUUUAAGAUCUGUCUCCAAUGGCUAGGCCCGGAGGCAUUUGGUCCCCACGUUAAGGCGAUUGCACAUCUGCACAGGCCAGUCCUAUUUUUAGUGUCCUUUCCUUUCUGAAAAUAAAGUGCUUUGGA